GACGAAUUGAGCUGCAUGUUGAGCACGCAGUUAAACCCAUACCGAGAAUGAGGACAGAGCCAGCAACUUUUAAUCAAAUGCAGCUCCCGCAAAUCGACGAGAAUUUGGACUAGCAGAAGCUGAAAAAGCAAAUUAAGGGCUGUGAGUGUCGAGCGCAGCUCGCAGCAGCUGGUCCGCCGCAAGACUUGAAACGAUUAUCAGAAAUGAAAGUUCGAGAGCCCCAUGUCACACUACAAAAAAUAUUCGCAUCUGUAGCAAGCAUUGCAUCGGCCAAACAUGAGCUACGGGGGCAGGGACGCGUUUGAAAAUACUAAACGCCCUCCACGACACGCACAUGAAUUCUGUGCUGUUAUGAAAAACAAACUAUGACCGAAACGACCGGCAGUGUGACGGAGCUACGGCGAAGCCAGCACUUCCGCUACACGGACCGCAGUCGCGUGUUGUCCAGCCGAAAUCAAUCUCCGGAACAAGAGGGUCGUGCAGUGCGAGUUUCACAACGAAAGUCUCGCUUUACGACAAGAAUAAGAAUAGCAGCGAUGGCGAGUGAGACUGUGGAGAUGAUGGCGUCGAUCCUGCGAGGUGGAACUGAAGAUGACGAGCCGAUGAAAACGAGGCGGAUGAAGAAUGACAACUUCUCUCAUCUCUUUCCAGAGCAGCUGAGGGCGCUUUUCCAAAAACCAGGACAGCUCAGCACUCACUGCAGCGCCCUGACUCCUGGAGAUGAGAGUUUUUGGAAAAUUCUAGACCGAAGCUGUAGUUUUAAGACGACGCAAAAGACCUCGCGCGCCAGCAGCACGACCAGCACACCCGGUAAAGCGGCGUCCUUUUUCCUCGCCAUCCUGCUUUUUGUCGAGCUCCUCACGACCCUGCUUCACCAGGCCGCCGCACUGAAAGUAACCGCGAAGGUCGGUCGGAAGGUGUACGACGAGGCAGCGAUGGCGCGGCGGAUGCUGGAGGAGCGAGUUCAAUUAGUCUACGGCUCCCUGUCCGUGGGCGAUCCGCCCCAGAAGUUCACCGUCGCCUUUGACACGGGGUCGUCGGAGCUGGUGUUACCCUGCUCAUCCUGUACAACCGGCAGCUGCAUUUCGCACACGCGGUAUGAUUUACUGCAAUCCGCGACCGGCAGCCAGAUUUUCACCACCAACGUCGCCGGGAAACAGGUAGCAGAAACGGAAACGCGGAUUUUCGGCAUGCAGGGUGUGGCCAAAGCCAACCCGAUGCGGGACAAGAUCUGUAUUGGCAACCCCCCACCGGCAGACGAAACCACCGCCUCCAGCGCCGACGCCGCUGCCCCGUCUUCGCUCUGUCUGCCGGAAGCCGCGCCGUUUCUGUGCGCCAACUCCUUGUCGGAAAACUUGUUCGGCCAGCUGCCGUACGACGGGGUCCUCGGGCUGGGACUGUCGGGGGCGAAAAAAUCCAAGUACGACCUGUUCCAAGGGUUGAUAGACGCCGGCAUGCUAAAAACGGACCGGUUUGCGCUGUGGUACAGCGAUUUGACGGACGAAGGGGCGGCGAACACGAUCACCUUCGGAGAGCACGACAGAACCAAAAUGGCCAGCAAGAUGUACUGGGUAAGACAAGUGAUUAUAUUCAGAAAGCUCUUCAACAACUGAGUUUAUGAUCUUGAUGAUAGCACUUCUUGUUCAACAUCACCCACGAUCAGAACUCAACUAGGGCACAACUUUCAUUCCUUGACAUUCCUACGGCUACAUCAUUUCAAGUAUUAAACGCAGCUUCCCGUUCCCUACCCCGCGACCUCCUGGGCUAUGCCGAUGACGGAUGUGGUGGUGGGCCGCUUCAUCACGGCCGUUCCGGCUGCGUCCGCAGACGACGGUUCCGCCGAUAGUGCCGCCAGCACCGGCGCGCCGGGAGGUGCGGAAGCGGCAGCAGGAGGUACAAGUGCGACCGCGGAUGGCGCGAACGCCGACGCCGAGGACAAUUCCGGCAAAAGUUUCAUGUCGGAACCGCUGCGGCUGUGCGAAGCGCCGCAGACCUGCAAGGUGGCGUUUGAUAGCGCGAGCCCGCUGAUCGUGCUCUCGCAGCUAUGCAUUGCAAAAGUAUCGUACUAGUAGGAAUUGCAUUACAAAUUUCCUCAGCAUGAGAAAUAAAAUUUGUGAUGCGGAUUUAGCGUGAAAAAGAAAUUUGUAAUGCAUGAGUGGGAUUAAUACUACGAGUGCGAUACUUUUGCAAUGCAUAGCAGCCGAUCUACGACAAGGUGAAGGAGUCCAUCGCCGUGGGGUUUCCACAACAACCCUAUCCUGUGCAAAAGUAUCGUACUCGUAUUGCAAUCAUGCAUUACAAAUCAUUCGGUUUUAGGUAAAUCCGCAUUACAAAUUUUAUCCCUCAUGCUGAGGAAAUUUUUCGUAAAUGCAUUUACACGAGUGCGAUACUUUUGCAAUGCAUAAACCCGUGACCGACACGAAACUGGCGGACUGCCAGCCGCUGCUGAUGAAGAUGCCGAAGAUCGGGAUUCAGCUACGAGGGAUAACAUUCUUCCUCGAUGCCGAGGACUACGUGGACCGCAGCAACGGGAUGUGUGUGUACCGCUUCCAGCCCAUGGAGAGCGACGAAAACCUGAUUUACCUCGGCGCGCCCUGGUUCGAGAAGUUUUACACGGUGUUCGACCGAAGCUCCCUAAAAAUCGGCCUGGCGCUGAGCAAGCACGUAGGUGUUCGGGGGGCGGAGUACAGUGGAAGCACCGGGGUGCCGGAGGACGCCAUUGAGGAUUUGGAGAAAGUUACGACGACAACGAGUACGACGACGGAUAGUGGUGGCAGUGUUUCAUCAGAUGUUGGAGCAAAUGCCGCCGCUGACACUACAACCAGUGUGGACAGUGCGUCAAGUGGUACUUCUGCUGAUGUUGGAACAACAGCAGCUGCUGCGCCAGCAACCUCCGCACAGGCAACCGCCGCGUCGGUGACAAGGUGAGGGAAAUCAGGAAAGGGCUUGCAGCUCCGCAGAAGUAGGGAAGAUAGAUGCGUUAUGUGCAUCAUGAUUUCGUUUCAUCUGAACAAUGUCCAUAUCGUGUGAAAGAUGUAGGUCGAUGAGUGUUUCGACAGAUAGACAGUUUGGGUUUACUUUUUUUCUACAGGAGAAUGGCUCUGAUUCGUCGAAUGAUACCUGCUGAGACGAAAUAAACCUGCAAC